UGAAGCCAGGGCCUUGUGCUUGCUAGGCAGCUACUACAGCUGCUGGGCCUGGGAAUCGUGCAGAUGUUAAAGAGGAGACCGCCAAAGCUAGAGGAGCAGGAGCAGCUUUACUCCAUCCCCGCGGGCACCAGAUUUAUGGUCCGCAUUAUGUCUGGAGCCUGUACCACGCCUGCUUUCUUCCUCCUCGGCUGUUGUGCGCUUGCGCUGGGCCUCGGCUCAGGCUCCCUGGAGCACCGCGAGGCCAAGCACUACAUUGCUGCAGUGUAUGAGCACCGGUCGGUCCUGAGCCCAAACCCUCUGGAGCUCACCAGCCGCCAACAGGCUCUGGAGCUCAUGAAGCAGAACCUCGACAUCUAUGAACAGCAAGUGAUGGCUGCAGCCCAGAAGGGUGUGCAGAUUAUAGUGUUCCCGGAAGAUGGCAUCCAUGGGUUCAACUUCACACGAACAUCCAUUUACCCAUUCUUGGACUUUAUGCCCUCUCCCAGGCUGGUCAGGUGGAACCCCUGCCUGGAGCCCUUUCGGUUCAAUGACACGGAGGUUCUCCAGCGCCUGAGUUGUAUGGCCAUCAAGGGACAGAUGUUCUUGGUGGCCAAUCUUGGAACAAAACAGCCUUGCCUUCACAGUGACCCCAGGUGCCCACAUGACGGGAGAUACCAGUUUAAUACAGAUGUGGUGUUCAGCCACAAUGGAACCCUUGUUGCCCGCUACCGUAAGCACAACCUGUACUUUGAGGCGGCCUUUGAUACCCCUGCUCAUGUGGACCUCGUCACCUUUGAUACCCCCUUUGCAGGCCAGUUUGGCAUGUUCACUUGCUUUGACAUCCUGUUCUUUGAGCCCGCCAUCCAACUCCUCAGAGACUCCAAGGUGAAGCACAUUGUGUACCCCACGGCCUGGAUGAACCAGCUACCGCUCUUGACAGCCAUUGAAAUCCAGAAAGCAUUCGCCACUGCCUUUGGUGUCAGUGUCCUGGCAGCUAACAUCCAUCACCCGACUCUGGGGAUGACUGGCAGUGGCAUCCACACCCCUCUGAAGUCCUUUUGGUACCAUGACAUGGACAACCCCGAAGGCCACCUUAUAAUUGCCCAGGUAGCCACAAACCCCCUGGGACUUGUUGGGAUAGAGAAUGCAACUAGUGAAACGGACCGAUCCCAUAAUAAGUUCUUAAAAAUCCUGUCUGGUGACCUGUCCUGUGAGAAGGACGCCCAGGAAGUGCGCUGUGAGGAGGCUGCCAACUGGAACACGAACGCACCACCUACUUUCCACUCAGAGAUGAUGUAUGACAACUUCACCCUGGUGCCUGUCUGGGGAAAGGAAGGCUAUCUCCAGGUCUGCUCUAACGGGCUCUGCUGUCACUUACUCUAUGAGAGGCCCACCCUGUCCGAAGAGCUGUAUGCCCUGGGUGUCUUUGAUGGGCUCCACACGGUACACGGCACUUACUACAUUCAAGUCUGUGCCCUGGUCAAGUGUGGGGGCCUUGGCUUUGACACUUGUGGGCAGGAGAUCUCAGAGGCACAGGGCCUGUUUGACUUUCACCUGUGGGGGAACUUCAGCACUUCCUAUAUCUUUCCUCUGUUUCUCACCUCAGGGAUGACUCUGGAUACCCCUAACCAGCUCGGGUGGGAAAAUGACCACUAUUUCUUGAGGAAGAGUGGACUGUCCUCUGGUCUGGUGACAGCAGCUCUCUAUGGGCGGUUGUAUGAGAGGGACUAGAAAAGGGUGUGGUCAGCGGAGCGGGCUGUGCCAACGUGCCUUUCCACAGGACCGUCUACCCAGAGGGUGGAAAGCCACUUCUGUGGCACUCGGUCCCACCCUGGGAACUGUAAGAAGAUGGGAGAGGCAGUUCCUUCUUCCUUUCUACAUAAUGACAGACAUUUUGUGGUAUUUUCUAUUCACACUCUUUUUCAAACCACACCUUCUUCCUACUACGCAAUUAGUUCUAAAUGCUAAAAUAACAAAUAGACAUAAGUUGCUAUUUUACAAUCCCA